AUGGCCUCGACAACGGAAGAUGAAGCCAUGGCCCCAGCCCUCACGCCUCAUCUCCAAUUUCUUUACGCGGCCUACGGAUCAGACCUUGAUCCUACAACAAUCCCAACCUCGCUGAGAAGCGAUUUUGAUCAGCUAGUUGAAGCCGCCGAUGUCAGAAAUAUGCGUCCAAAGGUAGAGCCGUCAUACUCGUGCGCAGAAAAGCUGGCCUUGGAAAGCUGGGCAAGUCAAGUCAACCACCAAAUACGGACACGCAUAUUGAGUUACCAAUGUCCUACAGCAUCAGCUAGUACUUUCGAUAGCGGAUCAUCAUCAUACACCCAGCGUCCUAUAUAUACCAGCCGUUCUGAGCAUCAGCUCUUCCGGAUUCCGGAGCUAUUGGACACGGUUCUCGGAUAUGCAGGACCUGUCGCGCAGAUGCAAGCAUUGCGAGUAUCUAAACGCUGGCGCACAUCGGCUCUUGACGUUAUACGCAGUCGCAAAAAUUCCGACGCAUUUCAGACACAGCAGCUUUCCCUGCCCAAAGAAUAUGGACAGACCAUCGACGAUGCAACAGGGAUACCUCUUCAGCCUAGCUCUGAAAAAGUUGAACAGUUCGAACUCAGUAUGAUGGCGAAAUGCGGAUGGAAACGGCUCUUGGCUCGGCUCGGGAACAAUGAUGAUAUACGUAUUGGCGAGCUUCUGGACGCUUUGAAGCGUUCCGCACCCACUGUGCUCACAGCAUGGGUUCGGAACUCCGAAUGGCUUGCGUAUGGGAUACUGCAGCAUACGCAUUGGAUUGACGACGUGUGGAUCCUCCCCGGGGUACCUACUAUCGAACUCCACUUGGACAAUGUCGAUAUGUCGGAUAGCGCCAUUCACAUCGAUGAGGUCAAAAUAGGUGCAGCAACAAUGGACACAUUCAACGCUGCGGCCACUGCUUCGCUGGGCUUGCGUAGUCAUGUCACCCGCAUUGCAGAGAUGAACGCGAUGCCGUUCAGACGAUCGAGAGAAAGGGCAUGGAUAUCAGAAGAUUUGAUUGAGCCUGCAGAAAGCACCACAGGUCGACAUCCUAUUAAUUGGGAUAUGUGA